CCACCACAGCCCCUUGUUUUUCCCCGAACUCCUUUCGGCCUCUUGUGCCUCCGAAUUCAUGCAUUUGGCGCUCUCAACGUACCAUCUCAUCUCAUCUUGUACGCCUGUAUUUAAGAACCACCCCAUCCAUCUCCUCACCCACAAACGCAGCACCAUUGUGUCGUAGACCAGUGAGCAGGAGAAAAGAUGAGCGUUUCGAGAAGAGCUUGGGUGGUAGCAUCGAGCGUGGGAGCUGUGGAGGCACUGAAAGAUCAGGGCUUCUGCAGGUGGAACUACGCCUUCCGGUCGCUGCACCAGCGAGCCAAGAACCAUGUCCGGUCGUCCUUGUUGGCCCAGAAGAAGCUGUCCCCGAUGUCCCGCGCCACGAACGAUGAGUCGAAGCGGGCCGAGGAGUCCCUGAGGAAAGUCAUGUUCUUGAGCUGUUGGGCUCCUAACUGAUGGAACAUUCCAUGCAAUUCUCUUAUUAUUGGAUUCAUAUGGAUCCCAAAAAUAUGCCUGUAAAAUUGUAUAGAGCAGCCUGCCCUUGCACCAGAAAUUAAUUAGCAAUCAUUAUCGGAAGAAGUUAAUUUCGAGGACUUAUCCAGUCAAGACUUCUUGUAAUGAAUCUCUAUCCUAAUGAAAAAAUUUACUUAAUCAUAGUUU